AGGGAAAUUGAUAGACGACCACGAGAAAGAGAUGUGUAUGUGUUAAAAAAAAAACCUCCUGGCCGGAAGUGUGUGUGUGUGUGUGUAUGAGUUGUGAACGAUAAACUGAAUACCGACAUGCUUUUACCUUGAAUAUAUACAGUUACACCUCACGAGAAAUGCUGCGUUAUGAUUCAGUUCCUUCGCUACCAUCCUAUGCUUCUCCAUCCUUUGGAGGUGACUCUUAUCGUCCCGAUCGUGAUCGCGACCGUGAAUUGUCGGGACCAGUGAAUCCCCCCAUGGCCUACCAUGAACGAGAUCGAUUAGGCGAUCGCGACUUUUACCGAUCGACCAUGCCACGAGCAUCCCCUUCUAUGGAGUUUGAUCGUUAUCGUGGUCGGCCUAAUCGUCCCUCAGAUCGCUCAUGGGGUCCUACACCCAGUACCAGUGUUCCGACUCUACGUCAAGACACGCGUCCCCGUGAUCGGGAAUAUAUUGAACCAAGAUUAUCUCGCAGCGUCAGUGAAACUCCUGUCAGUACUGCCAAGGAUGAAAAAGAGUCGGUCACCCAGGAAGGACCCAAUGUCAGCAAAGAAGGUGAAAAGGAAGACGGGAGAGGUCCAUCCUCCGUUGCACGAAUUAUCGUGAAACAAGAAGAGUCCGCGAAAGAUGCAAUGCCUUUAGAGUCUCCGUCAUCGAUGCCUGUAGUGGAAGAUAUAGAAAUGAAAGCAGAAGAUAAGAAAACAGAAGAUGUCCCUAUGGGCGAACCCGGUGAAAUUUCAGAUGCUCCAGAGACGGUCGAUGAGGAGACGGGCGCGCAGCCAUCCACAGAUAGCAUCCCAGACUCCGCCGCCCCCUUGGCAAACGACUCCGUCACCGAUAUGAUGAAAACAGAACCACCUGCAUCUGUGGAUCAAAAGCUUACCGAAAACCAACCUCCAUUCUCCGACGAAGCUUCCUUUGCCAAGGAGAAUGAGAUGACUCAGCCAGCACAAGUAUUACAGCCACCCGUUUCCACCGAAAACGUUGUUCAAACGCCUGUGACAGAACAGGAAGGUGUCACGCAAUCUGCAGCAGCGACCAACGUUAUCCAACCGGUCGAAGCUCCGAUCGACAAGCCAGACAAACAAAACGUGUCUCUGAUACAGCAACCACAACAACAAGACACAUCCACCAUGACACAGGAGCAAAUCGUCGAGCGUAUUGAUCAAAUUGAAACGGACAUCACCAUGUAUGAGGAUAUGCUGGAAAACCUUGGCAAACAGCCUGAGCCAGCGGCAAUGGAGAAAGGCGAUAUUAUGGACGAAACAAUGACAGAGGCGGGAGCGAAAGAAGACGAACAUCAUGAAGCCGAAGAGGCCAAACAUCGUGCUUUACAGGCGAUGCAAGAAAGUUCACAGGGCCAAGUAGCCGCCGAGGUGAAGCCGGUAGAGACUUCGCCUUUGAUGCGCAAACGUCCGCAACUGCUCAUCGAUCAGGUGCGAGCUUACGAAGACAAUGACGAAGAUCAACUGUUGUGCGAAGAAAUCACGGAAAACAAUCGACAGUUGGCCAGAGAAAGCGCGUGUAUGUUGGGCGGAUGGCAAGGAAAGCCAGAUGACCAAGCAGUGUGGUCCGAUGAAGAACAAUGGAGUCGGCCACUGUAUGCUUCUGUUAGUGAUUGUCCCCUAGUUCAGAGAAACAUUGAACAGUUUGCCCAGCUCCGUAUCACCAUCGCCGAUACAUUGGCUCACCAGCACAAGGGUCUCAAACGUAAAGAACGAAUGCUGAAAAGGGAAUACAAGACGUUGUACGAACGAUGGAAAGAGAAGAAUAUUGCUUUGGAUAGCAUUCGAGACCACGAACGACGCGCCGAAAAAUAUACCUAUCGUUCGUCCUCGCGUCGCCGUGCAGAAGAAGAAACGGACGAGUUGGUGGAUGGGGUCAUUUUCAACAGCGAUGUCGACGCGUUACGAUUUGAAGGCGGUGAUGGCGCAUCGACUCCCUACAGCGGGCCAGGCAAAGGGCCUUGGACCUCGGACGCUGCACGCUCUGAAGCCGAACUGCUGGAGAUUAUCCAGUCGCUGGAAUCCGCCGACAUGCGCAAUCCGGAGCUUCGUGCAGCUAAAACAACGGCUACGAUUCCUGCCAUGAUCUUGGAUCCAAAGGCACGGAUGCGAACCUACAAUGACCGCAGUGGUUUGGUCAAAGAUCCAUUGACUUAUUACCAUACCGGACCCGAUACAGGGGAUGUGUGGACGCAGCAGGAAAUGACGGCGUUUAUGGAAGGGUACAUUCAGAAUCCGAAGCAAUUUGGCCAUAUUGCUGCCAUGGUUGGCACAAAAACAGCACCGCAAUGCGUACUUUUUUAUUACCGCAAGAAGAAAAAGAUUGAUUUCAAGAGUCUUUUAAGUAAGGGACGAAGAGGUAAAGCCGGCAAACGCCGCGAUCGAUUAGCUGCGGCGGUUCGACGUGCUACCGGUGCUUCCAACUCGACGGUGAGAAAGGGCAAGAGUAAAGGCUCGGCGUUGAUGACGGAUAUCGGCGAAGCUCAGGUGUCACGCAAAGCCAAAGAAAAAGAAACCGAAAGAAGAAGAGCAGGCGACGCCGUUGAUGGCAUGGAGACCGCUGGCACCCCGGAGUGGAGUUCCGGAGUAGAUCGUCGAAGAAACAAGCCGCGCAACUCGGAUAAAUCGUCUUCGGCUGUCAUGGCCGCCGCCGCGACUGCCAUUGCUCGUAUUGCCGAUACGGACACGGCAGAGCCUGUGACGGAACGUAAACGUCCUGGAAGACGUAAAGGAAGAUCGCCUCGUGGUUCCGUCGCGGCCUCGGCCAAGUCGGCAACCACCAGCGAGGUAGCCAAAGUGGAGGAAACCUUGGCACCACCACGGCCGUCAUUUAUGGAAGAUCAAGAGAUGACGGGCGAUCGAUCGGGGCCCACGGCGACCGCGCGUUGGACGGAGAAGGAUAAGGACGUGGCCGUUGAAGCGUUCAAGAUUCAUGGUCGAAACUUUACCCAAGUGGCUGCCAUCGUCAGUACAAAGACCGAGGAUCAGUGUCGUAACUUUUAUCACAACUACAAACGUAAAUUUGGUCCUAAUGUGUUUGACGAGGAGUCGGCGGAAUCUUCAAUUGUGUCCGACAUUAAAGCGCAAGCAAGCAUACAGGGGCAGCAGUUGAAGGCCGAUGAGGAAGAUGCGGCGGCGGCUUUGGUGGGAUUGUUCCAAAUGGGAAGUGGUUCGGUUACCCCUAGCGAACGUGGACCCAGCACUCCCACUGUGCAGGUAGAAACACUAGCAGGACCUGGUGUGGAUAGUGGUGGCGGUGCCUCCACCGCGGCUCGACGACGCAGAGUACGAUCGGCCUCUGGCAAGGCGGACGGUGGAGCCGACCCUGGUGCUUCUUCGUGGAGUGAACAGGAGAUAGCGAGCAAAUCCAAUGUACGGAAGGCGAAGCAUCGGAUAGCGUCGUCUCCGGGAUUUGAUGGCAAGCGAACUUCCUAUUCUUCCUAUUGGUCUGUUUCCGAGAAGGGCGAAUUUGUUCGGUUGUUGGAGAUGCACGGUCGCGAUUGGGAUAAAAUUGCCGAUGCGAUGAAAUCAAAGACGGCCAUUCAAGUACGCAAUUUCUAUGCGAAUAAUGAAGAAAAAAUGGGACUCGCUCACAUUGCACAGCGGUACGAAGAACGUCAGCGAAGAGGUACUUUAACCACGCUACCUCCCAUGGGCACGUCGUUUGAGUCGUCGAUUCACGGACCACGCAAAGAACUUCCUGCACUUGACAGUUUCCCAUUUUCUUCCCCUCAGUUGGAGCGACAGACGCCUCAGUCGGCGCCUUGUGUCACUGCUCCACAAGACAGCUAUUUCACUACCUUGGCUCCUCCUCAACCCCAUCCUAUGGCCAUGACACCUGGCGAGUCGCCACAGUAUCCCGAGUAUAAUCGACCUACUUUUCAUGCUUUCCAACCACCGCCUCCACCAGCACCGACAGAACCUCGCCCUCCCGCAUCUUCAUCUGCCACUCCUUCUGUCACUAAAGUGGCCGAUUUGCUCAACAGCGAAGAAACCGCCGUGAACACGCCAAAGAAGAGUUGGGAAACCUGGUUUGGGGCGUGAAAACCGUUCCAUGAUUGCAUUCAAACGCUUUCUAGUUCGUCUUCUUUAUUCUGUACAGUCUACACUACCGUAAUAUUUUUUCGUAAUGCCUCUUGUAAAUGUAAUAUGAAGUUCGCAUCAAAAAAGUA